AUGCAGACCAUCCUCACUCUUGCCGCCGUCGCUCUUGUCGGCUCGACUGAGGCCUCCGGUUCGUCCAGCGGCAACACGUGCACCACGAACCAGCAGACCUCUGGAUUCCACGAGCUCAACUACGAUCGUGGUCCCAACCGUGACGACUGCUACGCCGACUGCGACGACUGCUGCCGCAACGUCCAAAUCGGCUGCUGGCUCGAGUACGUCGACGACGAAGACCCCGACUGCUACCCCGAAGGCAUCAUCAGCCUCUUCGAGGAGGAAGCUUCGCUCACGCUCCGAUGGGCAGACGUACAUCGGAGCGUGAGCGAACACCAACGAGACGUGGUGCGAGUUGAAGUUGGCGUAACUGGGUUACACCACUUGGUUACGCAGAAGAUACCCUCAUCAACGAUGGACGCCGUGGAGCUGGAGGUGAGCGACGAGGAGCUGCUGGGCGGGUGGAAGCCGCGCCUGGGCGCGCUGUCCGUGGGGGAGAAGGUGGAGGAGGCGGAGCUGCUGAAGCGGCAGGGCAACCUGCUGGCCAAGCAGGGCGAGUUCAAGCGCGCGCUGACGUCGUACGCCAAGGUGUUCGCCUACGUGAACGGGCUGUCGGUCGCGGGAGACGCCAUGUCGCAGUACGCGCAGGGCGCGGCGGGCAUGACGGCCUCGCAGGAGCAGGGCGCGCAGAUCCAGGCCGUCAAGGUGGCCGCGUGGUCCAACAUGGCGCUGUGCCACCUCAAGCUCGGCGCGCAGCCCGAGCGGGCGCUGGACUGCUGCGACAAGGUGCUGGCGCUGGAGCCGCAGCACAGCAAGGCGCGCUUCCGCAAGGCGCAGGCCAUGGCGCAGCUGACGCACUACGAGCGCGCGUACAAGAUGCUGAGCGAGCUGCUGGAGGAGGAGCCCAAGAACGCGGCGGUGAGGAACGAGAUCCGCGCCCUGCAGGUCAAGAAGCGCGCGUACGACGCGGACGCCCGGGCCAAGGAGAAGAGCGCGUUCGGCAACAUGUUCAAGUAGAUGGAGGAGGAGAAGGAGGAAGUGGACGAGCUGCAGCGUCAAUGGCAGGUGCUUUAUG